GUAGACCAUAUUGUAUCACUGUGCACAAAUCUCUUGCAAUUCUUCGAGUCUGCGCCGUUAAGUAACCCAAAGACUUCACUAUCAAUUAAUUUAAUUUAAUUCAUUCACAGUUCAGAAUUCAUUUAUAAACAAGUGACAACAUGGGUGUACCAAUUUUAAGGUGUACCACGCUGAUUCUGGGUCUUUUUUGCGUCGCGUCUUACGGAUACACACCCAUCGUAUUAUGGCAUGGAAUGGGUGACAGCUGUUGCUUUUCCUUCAGCUUGGGAGCAUUUAAAAACAGACUCACGCAACAGCUUCCAGGCGUCUAUGUUUUAUCGUUAAGAAUAGGAUCAUCUAUGGUAAAUGACGUUGAAAAUGGAUAUUUUAUGCAUCCCAAUAAACAAGUCGAAGAGGCCUGUGAAACGAUCAAAAACGAUCCGAAGUUGAGUGAUGGAUUUAACGCUGUCGGAUUCUCGCAAGGAUCUCAAUUUCUUCGUGCCCUGGUGCAAAGAUGCAGCGCUGCAAAAGUAAAAAACCUCAUUUCUUUGGGAGGACAACAUCAAGGUGUAUAUGGACUACCUAACUGUGGUUCUUUAUCCCACCCCACGUGUGAUUAUUUUAGACGUUUGUUAAAUCAUGCUGCUUAUAACAGUUUUGUUCAGAAACGAUUGGUUCAAGCUACAUACUGGCACGAUCCUCUGAACGAAGAUCUUUACAAAAAGUCCAGCACCUUUUUGUCAGACAUUAAUAACGAAUUAACCGUGAAUGAAUCAUAUAAGGAAAACAUUCUCAAAUUGGACAAUUUUGUAAUGGUUUUGUUUGAAAAUGACACAAUGGUACAACCUGUCGAAAGCGAAUUCUUCGGAUUUUACAAACCUGGGCAAUCUGUCGAGUUGGUAAAUUUGACGAAUUCACAACUUUAUAACGAAGAUCGUUUGGGUUUACGUGAACUAGAUAACAAAGGUGGCUUACAUUUUCUUGCAUUACCUGGAAACCAUCUUGAAUUUGAGUGGCCAUGGUUUAUAAAAAUGAUAAUGGAACCAUAUCUAAAAAACUAACAAUUAAUAUUUAAUAUUUAAAUACUAAAAUAGAAAAUUAUUCUUGAAAGACUGUAUUUUAUUAUAUAAAAC